AAAUGCACUACAAUCCAUUUCUGCUUCCUGAUCAAAGACCGGGAGAACUGUUCGAAAGACUUCCCUUGCAAAACAAAUCUCCCCGCGUUGCGCUCCCGGCUGUCAAAGAGUCAGCUCGCAGGUCUCAUUUCAUUGAGUGCCUUGUGCGCGGCUCUGCCAGGAUGCCUGCGUCCGCUUUAGCGCGGAGACUGCGCCAGGGUUACGGACAAAGUGGAAACAAACAGACCUGAACCUUGUGCCUGGCGCAGCAGACUCAGCCCGACCCAACCCGCCUCCGGGGUGCUUCUGCCCACCCACCCGAGGUUCGUAGCAGAAGCCGUGAGGGCGGCACCGCCGGAGUGCGAGCUGUCGCCCCCGUGCGCCGAGCCGGCUCCAGCCCCAGCUCCGCGCCGCCGGAUGGGCAGAGGCCGGCGGCGGCGCCAGGGGGAGCAGAGACCCAAAGUGCGGAAAGAGGCCGACUCGGCCCGGAGCUCGCCACGAUGCUCCCGCCCUGCCUGCUGCUGCUGCUCCUGCACUCCGCGCUGGCCGCCGAGCGCCCCGGGGGCCGGGCCGACGCGCACAGCCUGGGGGCGGCCCUGGCGACCCCCAACGCCUCGCGCUUCUUCUGGGGCAACUCCACCUUCUCCGACUGGCAGAACUUCGUCGGCCAACGGCGCUCGGGGGUGGAGUCCCAGAAGCCCACGGCCAAAGCCCUGCUCGUGGUGGCUUACUCUUUCAUCAUGGUCUUCUCGCUCUUCGGUAACGUCCUGGUCUGUCAUGUCAUCUUCAAGAACCAGCGAAUGCACUCGGCCACCAGCCUCUUCAUUGCCAAUCUGGCUGUGGCGGACAUCAUGAUCACCCUGCUCAACACCCCCUUCACCCUGGUCCGUUUUGUGAACAGCACAUGGGUGUUUGGGAAAGACAUGUGCCACGUCAGCCGUUUUGCGCAGUACUGCUCGCUGCAUGUGUCCGUGCUGACGCUGACAGCCAUCGCUGUGGACCGCCACCAGGUCAUUAUGCAUCCACUGAAACCCCGGAUCUCGAUGACAAAGGGUGCCAUCUACAUCGCUGUGAUCUGGAUCAUGGCUACAUUCUUUUCACUCCCUCAUGCUAUCUACCAGAAGUUGUUUACCUUCAAGUACAGUAAGGACAUCGUGCGUUCCUUGUGCCUACCAGACUUCCCCGAGCCAGCUGACCUUUUUUGGAAGUACUUGGACCUGACCACCUUCAUCCUGCUUUACAUCCUUCCACUCCUCAUCAUCUCUGUGGCCUAUGCCCGAGUGGCCAAGAAGCUGUGGUUGUGCAACAUGAUUGGCGAUGUGACCACAGAGCAGUACCUCGCCCUGCGGCGCAAGAAGAAGAAGACCAUCAAGAUGAUGAUGCUGGUGGUGGUCCUCUUUGCCCUUUGCUGGUUCCCUCUCAACUGCUAUGUUCUCCUCCUCUCUAGCAAGGUCAUCCACACUAACAACGCUCUCUACUUUGCCUUCCACUGGUUUGCUAUGAGUAGCACCUGCUACAACCCUUUUAUCUACUGCUGGCUCAAUGAGAACUUCAGGAUUGAGCUGAAGGCAUUGCUGAGCAUAUGCCAAAGGCCACUGAAGCCUCAGGAGGACAGGCCACCCUCCCCAGUCCCUACCUUCAGAGUGGCUUGGACAGAAAAGAGCAAUGGUCAGAGGGCUAAGCUCUUGCCUUCCUCCCAACUCCAUUCUGGAAAGACAGACCUGUUGUCUGUGGAGCCCAUUGUAGCCAUGAGUUAGAGGAGGUGGGAAAGAGGCAGCUGGUGGGAUCUGUCUCCAGCUUAGAUUGGAAAAUAAUCUAUCCUCUAACACAGGAUCUGUACAAGGCUGGAAACAAGCCCCUGCAGAACCAGUAGGACUCUUGAUUUCCUGCAGAUAUGCCCAACCUCCCAGCUUCAUUUGCUGUGAACACUAAAAGGCAACAAUCAACAGGCAUCUGUUUAUAAAUUCCUACUUAGGAGAUGCUGUGAGCCAUAGCACCAUUGAUCCUUGAGCAAGAGAACCAAGGGUAGCCCUUGCUCAGCUGCCUCCAGCUGCUCACAGCUAUCUUCAGCUUUUCCUGCUGCCCACUGAGCAGCCACAGAGGACUGUGCCACUUGGAGUGUGGCUGCCCCCCAAGCACAGAGCUCUGUUGAAAACAGGUUCACUGUUAGGUGAAACAUUGGUAAGUCAGAGUAGACACAGAAGAUUCCCUGCCUUGCCUUGCAAAGUCACUGGAGCCAAGACAAAUAAGUCACAAGUCUUUAAUGAUCUGGCCCUACACGUGACAUGAAAGAAUCAAUUUAGUCUCCUAACAGAGAAAUUAUUAUUACCACUUUGAAACAUGCAAAAAAGCACACAAAAGAAAUUAAAGUCACCCCCUUAUCUCAUUGAUUUGUGAUCACUUCUUUUAACAUGCUGGGAUGUAUUUGCAGGCUUUUCCUUUGUGUGUGUGUGUGUGUGUGUGUGUGUGUGUGUGUGUGUGUGUGUAUACUGAUUUUAAAGUUCCAAACUACACUUUGCCAUUUAAAUUGCAAUGAUCAGCAAGAAACAUACGUCUGAGUACUUCUGAAUUCUCUGAGGUGUAGCGUCUGGCACAAGUAGUGAGGAAGAGGUGAGAGAAGAACCCAAGGUGAAGACCGUCACCAAACAGACAGAAUCUGCUUGUUAGUGGUGGACAGAGCCUGGCUGAAGUCUCUGCCUUCAGAUGGAGGCCAUGAGCAUGAUCCAAGGAACACAAUUUGGCCAUCAUGUAUAAUUCCUUCUUUCCUGCAAUUGCACAAAAACAAGAGGGGAUGGAGCACCAUUCUGUAUUCACAAGAGAUGAGGAAGCAGGCCUUCCAAUGUGCCGGAAAUAAUUGUACUUAAGCACUGCAUCUACCCAGCCUGCCUGGAUAGGCCAUUUCUCCACCUUGUCUGAGUAAUGAGACUUUUUUUCUCACCAGUUCCCACUGGAAGGAAGACUCACUCUUAGCAGCACCUAGGCAAUUCACAUGUCACUUCCAAAAUCUAUGGAUCUUUAAAGAACCCUUUUUUCUUAAGGGCUCACUUGCCAGAGAAAUCUCAUUCCUGAGUCUGUUUUCAUCACUUCCAUCUGGUCUUGAGUGACUCACAGUGUCAUCCAGAGAUAAGACAUUUCAAGCAGAGGGGAGCUCAGUUCCCCAGCCUAGAACAAUUGCAGUCACCGUGCUGGGCUAUUUCCUUUCUGGCCCUGGAAAUAUCUGGAAAGCAAAGCAUUCAUCUGUAGCUAAGCAGGAAACUAACGUGGCAGGGAGAAGGAGUUUUCACAGUAUUCAUUUAGACCUCUUGGCUGUUAGUUGAAAUGGAGCUUGGGUACAUUGUCUGCUUCUCUUUAAUAAACAAUGGCAUUUUCUUAUACUAGUCUGUUAGAGGCUAUUAGAAAGCUUUCAAGAUAGAAAAAAAAAUAACUUACCUACUGAAUUGUAAAUUAAAACAAAUUGCUUUCAUGGGGCAGAGAGUAUUUCUCAGUCCAAAGGGAUUCCCAAAUUGGGUUUUCAGGCCAAACAGCUCAUGUGCCUCUCCUUGUUGUCUUUGUGAUGUCAAGAAGUAGGUAUUAGUUUCACCUUAAUGCUGUCACAGGAACUGUAUAAGCCAGAAAUGAGGAUGGCAGCAGGGAUGCCACAAGGGUGUCUUGUCCUGGGACUCAUGGGGAAAGCUUCUGUCCCUCUACUAUGAAUUUGUCUACAAGUAUAGCCAAUUCACAGUGGAUACCCUCGGGUCUGGGUCUCCAGCUGAUACCUGUUUGUUGCCAUCUCCCUGUGCCUGGUGUAGUUCAGAGCAAAAAUGACUUGUGGUUGUGAUUGUGAAAUUUGUAAAACUUAAGUUUUUUCCAAUGUGCUGUAAAAAAUGCCUUGUUGUCAC